GUACCUCGUCCAGCCGGAGACCGUCUGCAGUAUCAGCCGAACAGAGAGAUGUCGCGCCUUUUGCUGCUGCUCGUAGGGUCCUAUCUGCUCGUGUUCUGCGCGCAACAAGUCGCCGCCGAAGACGACUCCAACCCGGACGAUGACGACGACUCCGAUGACGGAAGGCCGUGUCCAGAAUGGCAGCCCGAGGGUCCUGAGGGAGGGGAGGAGCCUGAAGGGAUCAGCGGUAUCAACUUAACGUCGCAAGAAACCGAGGACGCACCUCCUAGCCAGGCUGAUAGGGCCGCUUCGAGGCACAGGGCCCUUGCGAGGACAGCCGCCCAUGCCAAAGCCGCCAAAGCCAGGACAGCAGGCAAAGCCAGGACCGCCGCCAAAGCCAGGACAGUUGCCAAGAAAGCCGGCAGAACAGUGGUGAAAGCUGCCGGCACCCACCACCAGUGAUCUACAAUAUGUCCCUUCUGUAAACAACCAGUGAAUGCAAUCCAUCACUGCGGUGAAACUAGUAACUUAUGUAUCACAAUUGUAAUAAGUUAUUAAAGGACGAUUGUUGCAUUUUA